GGAAGCGGAGUGAACACGACGCUCCUGGACCGACCAGGGAGUCUCGCGCAGCCUUGACAGUGACAACAGUGAAGAGAAAGGUACCAAGAAGUUACCUUUAACAGUGACUCACCAUCGUAAAUCGUAACCGGCAGUUGACCGUCACUAUGGCAGCACUGAGGAUCGGGUUUAUUGGAGCUGGCAACAUGGCACAAGCACUGGCGAAGGGGUUCAUCUCUGCAGGUGUCGCCAAGCCGGAGAACCUAGUCGCCUCCUCUCCCCCUGCUGAUGAACAUUUACUGCAACAGAUGAAGGUCCUAGGAUGCACCACGACACACAACAACCAAGAAGCCGCCGCGGACACAGACAUAGUAGUGAUCUGCGUCAAACCUAAUAUCAUAGGUCAAGUCCUCCGUGACCUGCACCCGUGUGUGACCCUCUCCCGACCUCUAGUGACCUCCGUGGCUCUAGGAGUGACACUAGCUGACAUCGAGACUGCCCUGCCCCCGGAGAGUAGGGUGAUAAGGGUCAUGCCCAACACCCCUGCCCUGGUACAGAUGGCUGCGUCAGUGUUUGCCAAGGGUCGACACGCUACUCUAGAUGAUGCCCGGCUGACCCACAGGAUGCUCUCGGCUGUGGGAGAAUGUGACGAGGUGCCUGAGACCUUCUUGGACGCCGCCACGGGACUAAGCGGUUCUGGUCCUGCCUAUAUGUACGUGGCCCUGGAGGCGCUGGCUGACGGUGGUGUCAAGAUGGGACUCCCUCGAUCCUUGGCCCUUAAGUUAGCUGCCCAGACCAUGAUGGGGUCAGCGAAGAUGGUGUUAGCCACAGGUAAACAUCCGGGCCAGCUGAAGGAUGACGUCUGCUCUCCUGGGGGCUGCACCAUCCAGGGGGUCCACACACUAGAGCGAGCUUGUCUGAGGGCAGCGCUCAUCGAUGCAGUCCAAACUGCCACUGCCACCUCUAUUUCUGCUGCCGCCGGGAAGUAGUUACUGUCAUCGGAAUGUAACUAUUGUCGUGCACUUAAUUUGGUUCAUCUUUCCUGACGCCGGGAUGCAGCUCCUACUAUCUGCCUCCCCGCCCCUCCACACUCAGUCAUCAAUAGUUAUAUAUACUUGCGUCAGCACAAACACACAAUUUGUAUAAGGAUAUGUUACUUUGUUAUGUUAUAUUUGGAUUUUAGUAUUUUGUAAUUUUUUAUUAUAUAUAUAUAGAUAGAUAGAUAGAUAAAUAGAUAGAUAGAUAGUGUGUGUGUGUGUGUUUUACAGUACAAUGUUUUUUCCACACUAGCUAAAAAUGUUCAAUCAAUAUCACUGAUUUUGUACUGCUCUACUGGACUGUACUACACUGGAUUGUAAGGUACUGUACUACUGCACUGUACUGUAAUACGUUACUACUCUGCACUGUUCUGUACUAUACUAUAAUGUGCUGUAGUAUACUGUACAGUACUGCAUUUUAUUGUACUAUACAGUGCAAUAAGGAACUGAACAGCACUGAACUAUGCUGUAUUGUUGUUUGAAUUUACUGUACUGUAGUGUAUUGUAAUAUAAUGUACUAUACUUCACUGUAAUAUAGUGUAUUGUACUAUACUGGACUGUUAUAAUUUACCGUACUAAGGAUAUACUGUAAUGUUGUGUAUUAUACUGCACUGUAAUGUACUUUUUAUACGCACUAAUGUAUGUUGUGUAGUGAAUUGUCAUACACUGUACUGUACUCUGCUGUUCUUACAUAUAUAAACAGUACUUCAUAUCA